CAUUGAGCCGCUAACUCAGAUAAGGAAGGAGAUCCCAAUAUGCGGCACCACUCCAUUUGUAGUGUGUUCCAGAAGUAGAUGAGAAAAAAUGGAUGCGGGGGUUUCUCCGAUCCGCGAGAUGAACAAUACCUCGAAGCUGCUAUCUGCGAUUACUCCAUGAAAUUGAGAUCUUCUGCUCAGAUUUUUGGAAUUCAAGGUUCGCCUACAGCGGGUGAUUCCGUUUUUAGGUUGUUUUUGCUUCUUUUGGAUUUGAUGUUGGAAGGAACGAAGGUCAACGCUGCACCGUUACUGUUCAUAUGCGAACUCAAUCGUAGAUUCUUGUUGUCUGAAGCAAAAUUGAAGAACAUCCUUCUAGGAUUCUGAGCGAAAUGGCUUCAUAAUCCAAGGUAUUUACUUGGAUUUCAAUUCCAUUUGAAUUACCUGCGAUUUGAGGAGUUUUGGGAAACAAGCUACUGUACACAGCGAGAUUUUGCCAUAUGUUUUGAACCACGUUCCUUUUUGGUUUUUGCAAAAUUUUUUGUGGAUUAUGGUCGUUCUUAAAGGUGCUCUUGACGCUGCUAUUCAAAUGUUAAUUAAACAAACUCUUUACUUUUGCUUUGAAUUUAUGGUUGCUUUUGCUUUGAAUUUAUGGUUGCUGGAGUUGUGGAGCUGCAAAAUUUAUUUUGGAAUCUUUUAACUGUAUUUUUGGAACUGUAUUUUGCUGAGCCUUUUACUUUCUUGUGGAGAUUUCCUCCAUAAUUUUGAUGUUUGAAUGAUACUUGUUUUGGAGGUCAACCCGUGCUGCUGCAGUGGCUAUUUUUGCUGUGCAUUCGGGCUUGAAAUGGAGUUGAAAUGGCAGUGUUGGGGCUGCUGUUUGGGCUGAUUUUGUAAUGGAAGUUUGACUCUGGCAUUGGGCAUCGUGUGGGGUGGUUUUCACUGCUGUUUUUUGGAGCUGAUUAUGAUAUGGUAUCGUAAUGUUUCUCAUACCGAGCUUGCAAAGUUUAAAAGAAGUCAAAAUUGGGUUAAAGUUAUUGGUGAAUAUCUGACAUUCCCCGGUGGCGGAAAUCAAUUUAAGCGUGGUGCACUUCUUUAUAUUGAUUUUAUACUGCAGUUCAUUGUGCUCGGUGCAGGGUUCCAUGGCACAUUGAAGGUAUUCAAAAUUCAUUUUCACGCCAUAUAUUUUGUGUGCAUGCGUGUGUGGUUUCCAUUUUAAGUUAAUGUUAUACUUUACGCAAAAUAAGCUGUGUUCACAUUGUCUUUGGUGGUAAAUGUUUACCAUUGUCUCCAUUUUAUGAACUUUUUGAAGCAUUACUCCAUUAUCAUUGAACUCAGAUGCUUGAAGUUUUAUUUGUGUUGCCUAGGCGGGAAACUUCUUCUCGAGCUGAAUUGUUUGCUUCGGCCUGGAGGUAGCCUACAUUACACCCCUCCCCUUUCUAGCUUCUUUUUCUCCAAUUUUUGAGACUUGGAAAUUUUAAUCAACACAAAUAUUCUAUGAAAGUUUAGUGUAGCUAAUGAAACUAAAAAAUCCAUUUUGACAAUGUUUAAGCUUUGGGUAAAUUAUUUACUAGAUCAAAAUGGCAAAUUAAAAUUCCUUUGCAUCUAUUUCUCUAUGAACUAUGAAGUUUUGGUAAGUAAAUGCAUCAAGAGUCUAACGCAAACCAUCUCUCUUAGGUUUAAUUUGUUGUUGUUGACAAAGAUUCCAUGCACACAUAUUUUUUUUUUACAUAUAAACAUGCUUAUGACUUUUAAAAUCUCAAAAAGUAACUUUGUCAUCUUCAUCUGUCAUCUUGUGCAUAAAUUAUCACUAGUGCCGCAAUUACUUUAUUCAUCUACAUUGAAUUAUUUUUUGUUUAGAAAAUCUGCAGCUUUGCUUGAUUUCUAAGCUGAAUUAUGGACUUCAUUUGUUAAAUAGAUGCAUAUGAACUACUUUGGAGGUAUUAAGCUAGCUAAUAACUCCAAAAAGUUUCAAGUAUUUUUGUUAAGAACUCUUUCUUGUUAUCAACAAACAUUCAUUUUAAUUAUUUAAUGAUAUGCAGAUUGAGGAUUAAAGUGGAUGCUUUACAAGAAAAUGUUGCUACAACAAGAGAUGUAUUCAAAAAUGUUAUUGAGGGGAUAAAUAACUAAAUUAGGCAUGCUGAAUGGACAAUUAGAGUGAUUUUAAUUAUGUAAAUGUUAAAUUAUUAGAUGUUAUUUAGACUUGGAUUGUAUGUAUUUAGAUAUUAUUGAAUAUAUUCUACAUUUUAGA